GGGUUCUCUUUUCUUUUUUUCUGGCCUGUCGACAUGGCCUAAACGGCCCUAAAAAAGGAACGACUCUUGUGGAGCAACCACAGGAAGAAGAUCCAAACGACCACUGCAUCUUGCAGACACCCGGUCUAUCACUCAUCCUUUGCCCAUCCAAACAAUAUCACCGUGAUGGAAAUCCCUCAUCUUCAGGCUCCAUUGUCGGCCCGCCCCGUCAUCGAUAUUUACGAGAGAGGCCUUUCCUUCACCGCAAUAAGGGUGGUGCCCGUAUCAGACUAACAACCCAUGGGCUAACUAGCUGGCUUACUGGAAUGAGGCGAAGGCGAGAUGGAUGGGAGGGCUGAGCAGUCGGUCUCCGUCUCAUACACACACCACCAUCCCAUCCUAUCCCAUCUCGAUGACUAGUUGACCAGCCAGUCUGCGUCUGCCCUUCCGUGGAGUUUUCGCUCCGGUCUAAGUUAGCUCUGUCUAUGCGAACUUGAUCUCCAUAUCACCCUUCCUCUUACCACUGCAUAUGCUCGUUUGUAAACCAUCCAAGGUCUCCUCCGCCUUGCCCGCUGUGGGACCCAAGGUCACUCUUGUCACCCCUCCGGCUAUUCUACGUCUCUUCCUCUGAUAUCUGAUUUCCGGCGCCGAUUGCCGGUCGAAGCUGACUCUGCAUGUACCGCCAUUCCUUUGUUUAAGAGGUUGCUCUUAUUACUCCAUACUCAACUCGGCGGUUUCCAUCCCGCUGCCCCUUCUUCUACUGUCCUUAUGAUUAGGCUUGUCUCCUAUCAGCAUCGAGCUGAUAUUCGCUUACGGCCAAAUACCAUUCUGCUUCACUUCUUCUUCCUCCCCCUAACCAAUUCUUUGCGUCUCUGAUACGUACCCGCCUCUUUCCCCGACGUCAUUUCCUCUCUCGUACUCUUACAGAGAGGCUGUGUUCCCAUCACUCUUCUUCCACGUGCAAAGUGCACUCCUUAUUUUCUAUUCUAUUUUAUUUUUUCAAAACAGAGAAGCACUUGCUGCCCGCUCAUGUAAUCGUGCCACCUGGGACCAGCGAGUUAUCUGGCCAACCAAUCUACUGGGUGUUUCCAAGUGCAUGGGGGUAGCAUAACCGCUAGCUUCACUCUUUGCUGUUGUUUCAAUCGAACUCAUCGUCCCCUCGUCGUUUACCCCUCGAGUCAGCUCGUUAACACACCGAGGCUGUGAAACGUUCGAUGGGCAUCAUUCUGCUUGUCUUGCAUUCCUGCUUAGGUUAUCUGGGGAUCUGCUGCUUUCUGCUGUUUCCCUUUUCCUUCCCUUUCCCCUUCCCUUGUCACGUGUGGCUGCAAAGGCUGCCAUUUCUUGUGCUAGGUGAAGGUUCGCCUCCUUUCCUCGCUGGUACCUGAAGGGGUAUAUAAAAUAUCAUCAGUGAUCCCCCUUCUUUCUCCAUCCCUCCUCAUUCACAAUCACCAUACUACUUGAAAGACAUUACAUACAAUACUCUUGGAGCUCCCUUUUGCUCAAAGACCUUACUCUUCUGCCUACGGCUUGACAUUCAACACUACCAACUACCCGUCCCAACCUUCACUACUCAUAUCAUGUCUCUCCCUUACCGUCAGAGGCAGACUACCUACCAGUCUCCCGUCCGUGGGGAGUCAUGGAGAGAAACCCUUGAUAAUACCUACACUACCUCAACUCGGUCGCAGCCAGGCUAUCUCUCUUCUCAGGCUCCUCCCAUGGCCUACUCAAGCUCGACGGACAGCAACCUAUCCAUCUCCACAUCAUACAGCGCAGCGUCAACAUACUACAACACCAUCCAGUCAUGUCACUCACCCCCGAGUUCAUAUGAAUAUGAUGCUACCUGCGAGUACGAGCCACGUAGCUCGACGCAGGGGCGGCCUAAAAGCCACUCCACCUCGUCCAAUCAGGAGUAUGUCUUUGAUGGCCAGACCAUGGCUGCCCUUCCCUCCAGCCCCAGAUCAUCAACAGCUGCAGAGAGGUCAACCCAGCGGUUUAUCUGCCUGUACGAAAAUUGUGAAGGCUCGUUCAGUCGGGUAGCUGAUCUGAGCCGACACCAGAAAUCAAUCCACUUCCCGACGAGAAUGGAUUGCCCCAAGCCACGCUGCAACCGUAAGGGCUUCAUGGGUUUCACUCGCGAAGACCAUCUUACCGAGCAUCUUCGUCAGUUCCAUGGAGAGCAGCUAGCCAAGCGUACCUCCAGCAAAUCCAAACGUGCUGAGGCUACAUGCUAAGCUUAACAGGCGACCACCAACCUGUUUCUCGUCCUUCUUCCACUUCCUGCCAGAGAGGCAGAGAGACCAUACUCUCAUUUCAUUGCAUCCCCUUGAUAUUUCGGAUUGUCUCAGCCCUGAUCUAAGCAGCAUUUGCAUUGCCUUACCUUCGGAUUCUCCUUUUUGAGCUGGCACUCAUCUGCAGAUGAACCGACUUUGUUCGUUUUCUUUCGAUUUAUUCUUCCAUUUUAUUCUAUUGCCGUCAAAUGUUCGAGUGGGACUUGUCUCCCUCGAACAUUUGUACUUUACCUUUCUUGACCUGUUUUUCAGCGUCUCUACAAUCUACCCAGGACAGUGGCAUUGUGUGGACACAAACAUCUUUUCUUUCCUAUCUCCUUCACCACGCACUAAUUAUGAGUCUAUGCUCUUUAAUGCUUUCUAUUUUCUCUUUCUCCUUCUCCUUUUCCCAGAUUUCUUACUCUUUUCUUUUCUUCAAUGUACAUGAUUUCUUCCUUUUUUCUCCCAAGCUUUUCAUCUUCUCGUGUUUUGGACCUUUAUCAGUAUACUUCUUUCUGUAUACGCCAGGUGUAUAUCAUGCGGAGCUAUUUCUUUACCUUUCCAUUUCUCAUAACUCGCCCGAGAAUACCGCCUAUCGCGCUUGACAAUACCUAGUCUUGAAAUCGUGAAAUUGAACCCAGCCUCAUCAUCCCCAGUGGCUCAACUUACCCCUUGUUGUCUUUUUCCUUUCCUUUUCUUUUCUUUUCUAUUUUUUUUUUUUCUCCUUACUUUACUUUAUUCCUUUUUACGUUUGGCUUUUCCGCAUCACUAUUGGUAGCAUCUUUUUCAUGGGGAAAGUGUAUAACAGGGGGUGAUGGGAACAGGCUUACACAGGCCGACCGGUCAACAGGGUUUGUCAGACGUUUGGGUUUGAUGGCAUCAUGGGUACACGGAACUGACAGAGCAAAAUGAAAUAUAACGAAAUUACAACAAAAAGAAAAAAAAAAUCCACCCGAAACAGGCAACUAUCAGGAGGGCACCAUGAGGGCACAGGCUCAUGGGAAUUAUUUAUCGGAGCAUUUCAGCGUUAACGACCUUGAUGAUAUCUUCUUCUUUUCGGCUCGGCUCGUCUUCUU